UAAACAAAAGUCAAUUGAAGUAAUACUGGUAACAAAAAUAAUAUGUCUGCCUGGAAGUGUCAGGAACUCCGUAAAAAAUUACCGUGAUUUUACUCAAAAACUAUAAGAUAACUAAGAUUUUAAAAAACAACAAAUAACGGAGUGUCUCUUAACUCCUACGAUGAAGAGCUUCUAAAAGCAAAUACGAGCUAUGGCAACAAAAGAGGUCUAUUGUUUCACUGUUUAAUUAAAUAUUUUUGGCGUGUGUCAUUUGUGUUAAGUUGUUUGAGUAUUGUGAAAGUUGUUUUUAAAAGCACAAGUUAAAACGUUUUGUAUAUUUCUGUUAAAUAGUUUUAAAAAUAUUUCCAGUACAGAUCUUACGACGUUAAAUAUCAAUUAAAUUUAACCGUUCACGUUAUACUUGGUUUGGAAAAGUAAAUUCAUUGUUAUACAGAACAGAAAGCCAUAUAUUGCAUUUGCUUCAAAUAAAGGCUGUCUGAUAAUAAGUGUAGUGAAAAAUAAUAACACCGAACAAUUUCGGUCUGGAAAAUACUCGAUUGAUUGUGCUAAUUUUUUGCAAGUUUCUGUAAUAAAAUGGCUUUAUCAAAAGUUGAGCUUGCUGCGUUGUUGGAAUGCAAGAUUUGUUUGGACACCUAUCAUGAGCCUAAACAACUGAACUGCGGGCACACUUAUUGUCAAGGUUGUCUGGAUGGUAUUUUAGUAUUUAUGGAAGAUGGGAGUGCUGAACUGCCUUGUCCAGUGAGGUGUACUAAAAAGACAAUAAUUACUCAGGAACAAACAACAUCCUCGUUAGUUAAGGUGUUCACAUUAACUGGCAUUUUGGAAAAAGUUUCACCUGGUGAAAAUGUUAAAUCUUUAUGUCAGCAAAGUAAAGAAUGUAACCAGAUAAUCAACUAUUCCUGUACAACAUGCAGUUUAAAGAUCUGUAAAAAAUGUCAAAACCUUCAUUCUUGUUCCAACAAAUCAUAUAUCAAUGUCAUUUUCAAUCAAAAACUGCAAGAACUCCAACCAUUUUGUAAGCAACACGACUCGCUUGCAAAAUUUGUCUGUAUUGAUUGUGAAAAUUUGUUAACAUGUGUAUAUUGCGCACACAGACAACAUAAGAAUCACAGAAUAAAAACGAUUGAUGAUUUUGGACUGGAAGCCAAAAAGUGGUUCCAAGCGUUUAUCAGCUCAUUCGAUGAAACAAAAGUGGUGUUGAAAAAUUUAACAAGAAAAUACAGUGACGCUCUAACAAAUUUAGAGAAAGAAAGAGAAGUAUUUGUUCAAAAAUUAAAAGAAAGAAAGUUAAUACGACUAGAAGAAUAUCUCAAAAUGUUAAAUAAAGAAGAAGAAGAUCUAUUGCGGAUAUUCGAUGAGAAAUCUGAAGAAUUUAAAGCAAAAUUGACUUGUGAUGGUUUUGUCGACAAUAAGAAAGUACAAGAAUUUACAGAAUACGUUCAAGCUUUUAAUUUAAAAUCUCAUUUUGAGUUAGUUACAGAAAAGUUGGAAAUUGAACGACAACUUCGCAGGCUAUCCUCGUUUCCAAGAACUAUCCCAACAUUCAAUUCACAUCUUCAUCAAAUGAACAAAGCAGAUAUUUUGUCAAAUCCAUUGGGCGAAAUGAAAAUUUCAAUUGAUGAAAUCACCACUGUUGGUGUAGAUCCCAAUGAAUGUUCUGUUUAUAGAAACUUGAUUGAUGAAGAUGAAACCCAACCCAACUAUUCACAAUUAACAACUGAUUUAAUGAAUUUAGUUGAAUUUAGUCUGAAAAAGUACGAGAAACCAAAUGUAAAUCCUCGUUCUGGAAAACAACAGCAGAAUGAUGUAAAGCCAAAAGGUUUCCAGCUUGCUAAGAAGAGUUACUCUUUCGAAGAACUCGAAAAUAUCAUUAUAAAUAGCGAUGUCAAGACAUUUCAAUCAAUUCUUAUUGAUCAUCCAAGUAUCGUUAAAAUGAAAGAUGUUUAUGAAACAACACUGUUGAUUAUAGCAGCAUAUCACAACAAUCCAUCAGUAGUGAAAUGUUUGAUUGAUGCUGGAAGUGAUGUGUAUGCUGUGAAUGAAAGUAAAUCGAAUGCAUAUCACUACAGUGCAUGUUAUGGUCAUCAUGAUGUUUUGAAACUUUUGAUUAAUCAUGACAUCACAAACAUUAACAAUGUAAACAUAAACAAUGACACACCAUUACAUCUUGCAUCUGCUUAUAAUUAUAUUGAUUGUGUGAAGUUGUUGUUGUCUAUACCACACAUCGAUGUCAAUAUACGAGACAAAUGGAACCAAACUGCUUAUGAUGGUACUCGUAAUAACACUAUCAAACGUUUAUUACAAGAACAUGAGAGAAAUUUCAAAAUAUGACUUCUUAAGAAGAAAAUGGUAUAAUUUAUCAAAUAGAAAAAAAAUUUAGCUGGGAUGUGCCAUCUUCACCAACAGAGGUGAGUAAGACACCUCAGUAGUUUGACAAAAAGAACGGAAUGCAGCUUGUAUCAGAAUAAACCCUUACAAAAAACAUUUCAAACAGAAUUUGUUUUAAGAAACACCACUGCCUCUUUCUGGACUUAUCGUCACAUCUUUUUCUUUAAUCAAGAACGUAAAAAGCACCAAACAAGUUUUCUUGAAAUGUAUAUAUCGCAAAUAUAUCAAACCAACCACUUUUAAAUGCCUCGUUUAGCAAUUUUACGACUAAAAUAUAUAGAACCUGAGACGAGGUUGUCGACCCUAAAUGACAAUUAUCUUGUAUCAACACGAAGAAUCGCAAAUACAUGACACUUGUCACAUUUAAA